AUGUAUAAAAGACAGAGGGAAACCACCUCAUUGCGGUGGGAUCUAUCUAUCUAUCUAUAUAUCUAUCUAAUGCUGUUCAUAUCUAUCUAUUUAUCAAUCUAUCUAUCAAUCUAUCUAUCUAAGUAUAUUCCUUAUCUGUCAUUUUUACUCAAGCAAUCUAUCUUAGUCUAUAUCUCUCUGCAUGCCCAUACCACUCCUCAACAUACCAUCUUUUUAUGUCUCUCUGUAUCAAUCUCUUCAUAUCUAUCUAUCUAUCUAUCUAUCUAUCUAUAUCUAUCUAUCUAUCUAUCUAUCUAUCAGUCUUUUCCUAUGUAUCUAUAUAUCUAUCUACCUACUUUAGUCUGUACAGAUAUCCCUCAGCCUCCCCAUACCACUCCUCAACAUAGUAUCUUCUUCCGUCUCUUUGUAUCAAUCUCUUCAUAUCUAUCUAUCUAUCUAUCUAUCUAUCUAUCUAUCUAUCUAUCAUAUUUGAAUAAUCGUUUUUCCUUCCUUGUUUCAUUUCUCAUUCUUUUUUCAUUUUUUCUGUCCGUCGUUUUUACUUUGUAUUUUUUGCUUUCAUCAUAUUCAUUCCGUCUUUCUUUUAUAUUUCAUUCUAUAAUACUUUCCUUUUCUUUCUUUUAUAUUUCAUUCUAUAAUACUUUCUUUUUCUUUCUUUUUUAUUCCAUUCUAUAA